AUGGAGCACACAGCCACACCUGGGGGCCUGGGGCUCCCUUGUAGCCACAGGCAGGCCUUAGCCCUGUACCAGCACCUCUUUAGAUGCCCUGCAAGCCUGGGCCAGCUCCAGGCUGCCCUGCAGCAGGUGCAAGAGAGUCGGGCCUGUCGAUCAGGACUGGAGCUCCCCACUGUGUUGCUGGAGAUGGAGCGGAGCCGGCGGGCCCAGCAGCAGCUGCUGUGGGACUUGGAGCUGCUGACUGGGGCAGGGCUGAGCCUCUUCUGGCCCCCUUGGGCCAAGUUCUGCGGUCUGAGGGACCAGGCCCCGUGUGUACGGAGUCAGUGCGGCAAGCCCCAUGGUGGGACAGGCGGGGGCCCUGAGCGGCGGACCAGCUGGGGCCCGUCAGAACCCCAAGAUCCCCCUGUGGGGCGGGGCGGGAGCCUGGGCCAGGAAAGAGCGGAACUUCAGAAACUGCUGAGGACUGAGAUUCCUCAGAGGCAGAGACAGGAGGAUUCCCAAGAGCAUAAACAGCGUCCCCAGGGUCGGAAAGGGGAGGCCCCCAGCGGGGAGAGCGAAGAGGUUCCUAAGAGACAGAGAGAGAAGAUACACCAGGGUCAGAGUGGGGAGGCCACUGGGGCUCUGGGGGAGGAAGUCUCUGUGUACCCCCGGGGGGAGGCUCCCCAGAGUGAGAGGAGCGAGUCUCCUCAAGGUCAAAGAGGAAACAGCCCUCAGUGCCAGAGAAAAGAGGUCCUCCAGGAGCCGAGGAAGGAGACUCCUCGGGGCGGGGAAGUGAAGGCCCUUCAGACUUCGCCAGGCCGCAUCUCACAAGCCUGGGAGGUGGCUGAGGGAGAGGCGCCUACACAGCCCCCCGAGGAAGGCGCCUCCCUGGGAAUUUCUAGGGAUUUCUGCCGGUCCCUGGGAGAACAGAAGCCUCAGCCUGGGGGAAGGGAGAGCCCUGGCUCCGGGGAUAGGACCACCCAGCUGACGCAGGACAAAACUGACGGCGGGAGCCGAGAGUCGGCACCGGCCGCGGGAGAGCAGAGGGCCGUCCGGGAGGGGGCGCGGCCUCCCUUUCCACCCCGGAGGCUUCCGGCCCGGCCGCGGCUCCCAGGCCCAGGGGCCGAGCCGCUAGCGGCCCCAGGCACCGGGGGCUCGGGGCAGCAGGAGCACCCCGCGGCUCUCCCGGGGCGCCCAGGGCUGCUGCGCGACCCGCACGGGCUUCAGGACCCGGAGGGAAGCCCGGGCCCGGCGGAGCAGGUGCGCGGCGGCUCCGCUAGGCUCCUGGGCGCCGUCGGGGAGCGGGGGGGCGGCGCGGAGGCCCCCGAGGCCUCGAAGGCCGCGUGGCCCGCGCUCCCCGGCGGGGAGAAGGCGUCGGCGGGCGUGAGCGCGGCGCAGCAGGAGACGGCUCUGCAGCGGCUGCUGGAGCUGCACCGCGCGGCCCGGCGCCGGCGGCGGCAGGCCCGCGAGCAGCAGCGGCUCCGAGUCUUGGAACGCCUCCGCCUCGCCAGGAACCGCCACUGCCGGGUGCACCCUCUGGGGCCCCCAUCCAACCCAGCCCAGCUCCCGCCACAGGAGGACGCGGCGGCGCAGCGGCGCGCCCUGCGGGAGCAGCUGCAGCGUGCGCUCCGGGAGAGGACGUGGCGGCUGCGGGCCCUCGGGGCCAGGAACACCCAGAACUUCCAGCAGCUACUGUGGCCCCCUGGCGCCGAGGAGCCUUCGGCUGGAGAGGAGCGCUCACCCUUCCCAGCCCCCUCUCCCCCCUCUCGUCCCUGCUGAAUCCUCAAAGGGAUGAUUAGAGAGAUGAGGAUUAAGGAGAACGCAAGCCGGCAACCUGCAGGCCCGCAAAGGGCAGAACAGAGGUAGUUCCAAGAAAGGCCCAGAACUUUGCCUCAGGGCCGGGGAGGCCAGACACACAGACACACGCAGCAGCUUCAGCCGCACCAGGAGGCGUGUUAUUUCUUCUUCCCUCCCCUAAGUCCACUGCCCGGCCAUUGUCAGAGCGCCAGGUCCUGAGGGUCAAGCAGCGAGAAGGCCCCAUUCUUUCGGAAGAACGAUUCAGUGCGGCACAUCUUACAGGAGACCAGUUCUUGCUUCACUGGGGGGCCUGUGGUAAGAUGUCAGAGGCCAGGAAUGGGUCCUGGGAAAGGGAACCAUGGGAGCCCUGCCUAUGGAGCCCUGGAAAUCUGCCUGUACUGUAUCCACUUUGGACGUGUGGAGGAAUAAAAGGUGCUUCUGAGCAA